AUGGUGAAGAAGCGGAAGGCGAAGAAUCAGGGCGGGGCUGGCGACAUGGACAUGGGGGACGCCGCCGCGCCUUCCGCCGUGACAUCCGCCGCGGGAGGCGCUAAGGAGACCGCGGCCGCCGGAUUUUCCGCCGCUUCGGCCGUGCAUCCGGCGAGGAGGCGGGAGGUCCGAUCGCUAGCGGCAACGCCAUGGAGGCCUUUGAGACGUCUUAAAAGUCUGCCAUGCGCGUUCCCCCUCCCCUCUCCCACGCCCCCCAUCCCCGUCCCCCUUUCCCCCAUCCCCGCCCCUCUGACACGAGCGAGGCUGCCCACCAACCACAAGUCACCCCUCUCUUCCUACGUGCCCUUCCCCCCUCCCUCCCCCCCCACGCUUUUCCUCCUCUCCUCCCCUCUCCCCCUUCCCCCCCCUUCCCUCCUCCCAACCCUCUCCGCCACCCCUCCUCUCUUUUCUUUCCCUCCCGUUCUCCCCGUUUCCCUCCGCAUCUCUCCUCCCCCCAUUCCCCACCCUUUCCCCUCAGUCACAAGUGAGACGAUGGGGUUCACAGUGAUUAAGGCGUCAGCUGAUGGGUUCACGAUUAAGGCGCACAAGUCACCUUCCGUCCCCCCUUCCCCCUCCCCUCUCUCCUCCCCCCCCUCCCCCUUCCUCCCAUCCCCCCCAUCCUCCCCUCCCCCUCCACCAGACACGAGUGAGGCAACGGGGUUCACAGUGAUCAAGGCGUCGGCUGAGAACGCCCUCAGGCGCUUUCUCCCACACCCCCUUCCUCUCCACACCCCAUCCCCCGCUUUCCAGACACGAGUGAGACGAUGGGGUUCACAGUGA